CCUGAACACUGGUGUACCACUGAGCAAAGCAGUGUUUUACUACUGUACUGUGCCUUCACCGCCGAGGACAGGCGGCGGCUUGCCUGGAAGCAUGUUUGAGGCGAGAUGGUGGAGCCGCUUUGCUUUUGUAAAAAGUACUGUCAAUGACCUUCCCUCGGCCUUGAGUGUGGGGAAUCCAGUGACUGCCCAUAACUUUUCCUUUUGUUGGUGUGGAGGACACACAGUCAGCCUUGCGUCUGCAGCACAGGCCACACACAACCUGCCCCCCUUCCUGUGUAGUCCCGAUCAACACCCAGUCGCCCCUCCACGCAAUAGUCUUCCAUACGGUCCUGCGAGGACUCCACACGGACCACGACCCAUGGGUCAUCACCACAAUGAUGCAGGCUGAUCCCAACAUCGCCCAUGAAUGAAGCAAAGCGGCCUGCCGGCUGCAGGCUGUGCAACAGGCAGGCGGGCUGGAGCGAGCGAGCGAGCGGGCGGGCGGGCGGGCAGACGGCUGAACAUCAGGGAGCACCACUGUAAUCCAUCGACUCGCCGCAGAGAGCGAGCUGGCAACAGCGCGAGCCCGCGCGGGUGGCGGCGAGCAGCGGCAGUCACGUUCCCCGCCAGCCCCCACCACCACUACCAGCAGCAGCAGCAGCUAGCACGGUGCGAGCCGCUGUCAUGGAUAUCGAGCAGCUUAUCGACGAGGUUUCCCACACCCCUGCUAUAUGGGACUCCUCAGACACGAAGCACAGCGACAGAGUGUUCAUCGCCCGCCAGUGGAAGAGGAUCGGCGGCAAGCUGGGAGUGAGCGAUGAGGCGGCGAAGAAGAAAUUCAAGAACCUCCGCGACCAGUUCAGACUGGAGCUGAAGAAAGUCCCGGAAGGAAGGGCUGGGGACCCCACCCUGGCAGCGGAGGAGUACCUCAGCUCGUGGCCUUGGUUCAGACUCAUGUUCUUCAUCAAGGACAAGAUCACCAGGAGGAUGACCAACAACACCAUGCCGGCCAUCACCAUCAAGAGGAGCAACGACGAGAUGGAGGCCACGGAGUACGAGGCGUAUGACGAGAACAACUACGCCUCACAGGACGACAGACUCAACUCUUCCUUCAGCGACAUCACCAGGCCCAGCUGUCCCAAGAGGCUGAGGGAGAGCAUCCCGCACGCUGACUACCUCGCCAUAGAGAGCCAGCGGCUGGAGCUGCUCAAGAGACAGUCUGACGAUGAGAGAGACAGUGACAGAAUGUUUCUCCUGAGCCUGCUGCCCGCCAUCAAGACUCUGGAGCCUCGCCGCUCACAUCUGUUCCGCCUGAAGGUGCAUCAUCUUCUGUACGACGCCCGCUACUCGCCACACUUCGAAGAACAAUAAACUUACUCACGAU